AUGUAGCCUCUCCAUCAAACCUCAUUUACUCAUCAAAAUUUCACUACCUUAUGGUAGCAUUUCCAUUUCAAUUUCUCAAUUUCAGUAAUAAAAAACAAAAGCCAUGAAGGAUACACAAAACAAGCAAGAGCAAGAACAAGUGUUGAUGAAUAUUCCACCAAAAAAAGGAAGAAAUAGAUGUAUAACUUCCAUAUGCAUACUUUUAUUACUUUUAAUAAUUUUAGUCACAGUUUGUGUUGUUCUUGCCUUAACACUUUUCAAGCCAAAACAACCAAUAACAAAGAUUUCUUCAGCUACUUUACAAGGUAUAUCACCUCGUUUAACAUUUCCUUCAAUUGACGUACAACUCAAUGUUACUCUUGACAUCAAGAUUCAAGUUGAGAAUCGAAACCGCGCAAGCUUCAAACACGAAGAUGGAACUAGUUUUUUGAUGUAUAAAGGUGUUGAAGUUGGAGAAACAGAUAUUUUUCCUGGUUUGAUUCCUGCAAGAAGUUCUAGUAUACUUCCUUGUAGGCUUACCCUUCAAGCUGAUAAAUUAGCAUCUAAUAUGACAGGUUUUAUAAGGGAUUUGAUGAGUGGUAAACUCACUUUGGAAACGGUUACUAAGAUUCCUGGAAGAGUUACUUUUCUUGGAUUUAUCAAGAAACAUAUUGUUGCUGUGUCUAAUUGUCAAUUUGGUAUUGGUUUUCCUGAUUUGGAGAUUAAAACCCAAAUUUGCAAGAAUAAGGCUAAGUUGUGAACCAUGGAGGUAGUAGCUUUAUGGAGUUGGAAUUGGUGCAUUUAUUAAGUCAUGUAGUUUUUAAUCUCAAGUAUUAACGGUUAAAAUUGAUUUUAUUAUCGUGGAAUCUGAGCCAUCUAACCUCAGAUUAAUGGCUGAGAUCAUUUACUGAGGGUAAAAGCAUGAUUUUUUUUAGGAUAGGUAAUCUAGAUACAUAGAUUUACAGGUUAUAUGGUCACUUUACAUUUUGUUGAUAUAAAUAUUAGUGUUACAUGUAUUUAUUUAUAUAUUUGUAUGUUUGAGAUUAUUAGAAGUUGGUUGUGGUUUUGAAAAUUUUGGGAACUCUAUUUUGAGAAGUACUUAGUAGUCAUAUAUUGGGCAUAUUUUGACUUUGUGACUAUUAAAAGUUGAAACAUGUUAUGUGAUACAUGAAUAUUGAGGAUAAUGAAUCUUGACUUUAUUUUUGUAUCUAA